GAUUUAGCUCAGGAUCGUUUUCACAAACACAUCCUAGAUUUGCCAUCAUAUCAUGAUGCCAGUAGUUUGUACAAAUGCAAAACAAAGACUGCACUUUGUUUCAGAACUCUGCCCAAGUGCUGCUGUCACCUCUGCCAGCAAAGUGCUUGCCUUUGAGGACAGUAGUGAAAAUGUUCCUUCAGCUCAGCCACCCGUUCCUGUUCUCCUGCCUGUGCAUGACCAUGACAUGAGCAGCUGGAGCUGUUCUCAACACCAGAAGCUGUGGAUGAGGAUGGAGCUUCAGAAUCUCGGGCUGUGGCCUGGGUCUCGUUCAGUGCGUAACCCAGGGAACUUAAUUUCACUAUGGCGUCUUCCUCCACAACCUGAGCUUGUUGAUAUGGCGUCUGAACUCCCAUCCCCUAACUUCUUCCAGCUACACCCAUUUUUCAUCUGGAAGCAGGAGACUCACUUUAUGGUCAGGUUAAGAAACACUUACAUCCUGCCAUGUCUGCAUGGAUGUCCUCAUCCACAGGUGGUCUCUGCAGGAGUGGGUAGGCCUCGGGUGAUUGUUGGCACCAGUGGUCAGUAUUACAUCUUGUCCUCACGACUCUGUUGCAAGGCCUGUCAGAAGUACUGGUUUGCUGACAAUCCACGAUGGCUUGAGAAGCUGCCCAAGCGGUUUACCAACAUUCCGCCUGCAUUCCUGACAUACAAGAAGGCCAUCUGCAAAUCUGUGAUGGAUGAGCUGAGGCACACUGGCAAAUCACCAACCGAUAUGGCAAACCAGGUGAAUGAGCUAAUGCACCUCAAGUACGAGCGAGCACAUCUGGCAUACCUGCAUGCCAUAGAAAGCGUCCGGGAUGCUGAGGCUGGCACAUAUGGACAGAGGACCAUUGGGCAGUUCUUGAGGAAGGAAAACACUCCACUUGCAUUUGGGUCAUAUGAUGAUCAAGAUGGCUGGUAUGGAGUCUCCGUGUCCAGCUUCUACCUGACUGACUGCCUACUAGAUGAGUACAAACGUCAAGAGCCAGCCAUGUCCAAACUCCUCCAGGGCACUUUUGGGAGGGUCUUCAGGUCUGACCACACUAGGAAAGUUGCAAGAAAAGUAACGCUGGCAUCUGGGGUCAUGUCAAGUUAUGCAAUCAUGAAUGAGAACUGGCUGAUUGUUUCCUGGGUAAUGGUUCAGUCUGAGACUCAGAGGUCUUGGAGCCAAUGUACCAGGGACUGGCCGAGAGGUACAACGAUGCUGGAGUGGAAAAGGCAGGCUUCCACUGGAUCGACAGGUGUGGAGAGCCAUCUUCUUUCAUCACUGCCAUGCAGACCACCAAUGUCAUGUCUAAUAAAAAAAUUGGUAUAAAAAACAAUAAUCACAAGAGAGAAAAUGUAAAUAAUUAUUAUAGAAAACAUGUCAUCAAAAUGUAAUUAAACAAUGCAAUAUCUUUUGAUGUGACAUUACCUGUAUAUUAAUUAUUUAAAUUUGCUCUCUUCUGAUCAGUCCAUAUAACAUAAUCAGGUGACUGUCACAUCAAUAAUUGAGUUGUAUGAAAAGACUCUUGAGUGUUUUUGUUGUUCCCACCCUGAUGAAGGC